AUGUUGGAAAUCGACAUCAAACUUCGCACGUUGCGCACGGUACAAAGUGAGAAAGAGGGCGGCCUCCAAUCUUCAAGUUUCGUUACAAUGCCGCGAUCCGAACUUUCGGUUCACACACUAAGCGCCCACUCCGCGGAACCCAUCAGUGAGAAACAUGCACAACUAAACCUACAGAACAACAGCCAAACUCUAAGUGAUAUUUCGUAUGUUUCCAACUCUUCACAGUACCACCGACUUCCGAAACUCUCUCUGCCUACAUUUAAUGGUGAUAUUUUACAAUGGCAAACAUUUUGGGACUCGUUUGAAACAACUGUGCAUUUAAAUACAAAUCUAUCGGACAUUCAGAAGUUUAGCUACCUGAAAUCUCUGUUGGAAUGCGACGCGUCUAGAACUAUUGAUGGUUUCGCUUUGACAAACGCUAAUUACAAACGGGCUAUUGCACUGCUGAAAGAACGAUAUGGACAGCAACAAAAAAUCACCCACGCAAUUAUGCAGGCACUGCUUCAAUUACCGGCUCCUCUCUACAACCUGCAGAGUGUUCGAAGUUUUUAUGACAAAAUGGAGACAUACAUCCGGAACUUGGAAUCCAUCGGCCAACAGCAGGACACGUAUGGCGAUCUGCAUGUUCCGGUUAUAUUAGAGAAGCUACCGGCAGACAUUAAGCGAAACCUGGCCCGAGAACGAGUAGAUACUAACUGGAAGCUGUGUGACCUCCGCCGCGCUAUCUACAGAGAGCUCGACGUCAUGGAAGCCGGAAGUGCAUCGUAUCCGGAAGUCGCCAAGUUCAUGAAAACUGCGUCAUUCUACGCAGAGACGAACCACACUAAGAAGGCUAAAUUCGACAAGAGCGAAUCCUUGCAUGUGAAGAAACAAACAUUUUCUUGUCCAUUCUGUCACGAGAAACACAAACCCACAGAAUGUUCGAAAUAUUGCAGCCCUUCCGAGCGAAUAAGCGUAGUCAAAAAGGACAAGCUGUGUUACAAUUUUCUAGGUAAGCAUCAAGUUUCACUUUGCAGAUCGCGUGGUCGUUGUCAGCAGUGUCACCGCAAACACCACACGAGUAUCUGCAACGCCAGCAGCGAUGACAAAACUAGACAUGAAAGCACACCGGAAACAUCGUCUUUGAGACCGGAAGCUACUGUUUUCCACUCUUCUAUGAAAUACCCACACUCUGGUGUUCUUCUAAAGACGGCAAUAGCUACUGUAGGUAUCAAGGAGACGGUCCGUCGAUGCAGCUAUCCUCUUCGACGAGGGCUCCCAGAAGUCUUUUAUUACGCAGCAGCUGGCAGACCAACUACAACUUCCGGUUGA